AAGUAUGGUCCCAUCAUGCACUUACGCUUCGGCUUGAUGCCGGUGAUUGUGGUUUCCUCUCCCGAAGCCGCCGAGCUAUUCCUCAAGACGCAUGACCUUGUUUUCGCUAGCAGGCCCCCACAUGAUUGUUCCAAACAUAUUUCUUACAAUCAACAGAACUUGGUGUUCUCUCCCUACGGUCCGUAUUGGCGCAACAUGCGUAAGAUGUGCACUUUGGAAUUGCUUAGUAACCACAAAGUCAGUUCUUUUGGAUCCAUGAGGAUGGAAGAACUUCAUGGUUGUGUUCAAUAUAUUCGAGAGGUGGCUGCUACUGCUGGUGUUGUCAAUCUUAGUUCUAUGGUCUCGUCGUUUAGUACCGAGAUUUCGUGUAGGAUGAUCAUCGGAAAGAAGUAUGAUCGUAGCGAUUUUAGUGAAAAGGGGUUUGAAGUUAUGAUUCGAGAGGCUAUGCAGAUUGCAGCUACGUUUAACUUAGCUGAUUAUAUUCCUCAAAUUAGAGCACUUGAUCUCCAGGGACUAACAAAGCGUAUGAAAAUUAUUGCCAAAGAUUCUGAUGACUUCUUCGAGAAGAUAAUCGACGAGCAUGUUCGAUCUAAAGAUGAAAACAGAGUCAAGGACUUUGUUGAUGUCAUGUUGGGAUUCAUGGGAUCUGAAGAAACCAAUGAGUACCGCGUCGAGCGAGACACGAUCAAAGCAAUUAUCUUGGACAUGCUUGCAGGUUCAAUGGAUACUUCAGCAGUUGCGAUCGAUUGGACACUGACUGAACUCAUCAGACAUCCACAAGUGAUGAAGAAAGUCCAAAAGGAACUCGAAAACGUGGUAGGCAUGGAAAGGAUGGUCACGGAAUCGGACCUGGAGAAAUUGGAAUACUUAGACAUGGUUGUAAAAGAAAGCUUUAGGCUACAUCCAGUUGGACCGUUGUUGACCCCACAUGCAGCCAGGGAAGAUUGCACCGUGGAUGGCUUUCACAUACCGAAAAACUCACGCAUCUUCAUAAACGCAUGGGCCAUAGGUCGGGAUGAAAGGGUUUGGACUUAUGCAGAAAGGUUUUAUCCGGAGAGAUUCAUUGGAAGCGACAUCGAUCUUCGCGGAUGCAACUUCGAGCUAAUUCCGUUCGGUGCCGGUCGCAGAGGCUGUCCCGGAAUGCAAUUAGGUCUCACCGUGGUUCGGCUUGUGGUGGCACAAUUGGUUCAUUGCUUUAAUUGGAAGCUUCCUAAUGGUAUGUUGGGAAUUGAGUUGGAUAUGAGUGAAGAUUUUGGACUUGUUUGUCCUAGAGCCAACCAUCUUCUUGCUAUACCAACAUGGCGCCUAAAGGAUUAAACAUACAAAAUCCAGAUUUACCUUCCGUUUAAAAUAUCAUAUUUAGGCCUCCUUUAGAUGGAUAGUAGAAAUAAGUGAGAUCCAUUUUGCCUUGCGUAUUUAUUUCAUAACUGCAUUGUAACAUUGUAUUUAGAUGAUGUUUAGCGAAUUACGUUUCAACAAUUGAAGUUGGCUUUUUCAAUGGGGUUAAAAACUCUUAUGGGUGCACUACCAUAUAAAAGCACCAAGUCAACCUUUUUCGAGGAUUGAUAUGUAAUUUUCCCUUUUAACUUGUUCAAAAGUUGUUAAUUGGUAUUUGAAUUUUUUUUAUAAAA